AUGGAUGCCUUCACUUGUGCAUCUACGGAUCAAAAUAAUCCAUCUGUUGGUGGUGGUGUGGAAGCAAUUGCUGAUUCACCAAUUCAAGUUACCACCAACUUACUCAACGAUAAUAAGAAAACAACAAAAAACAGUGCAGCCUUGAUGCUCUCAAACCAACCGAUACCACAAUUACAUGCAUCCACUACUAUCACCAACACCACUUCUGAUAUGAACAUCAAGAUGAGAAGACAUGAACAAACUGAUGUAUCAGCCUCACCUGAAGAUGAUGAAGAUGAUGAAAGUCAUCACGAAUAUGGGUCUUCGCUCUUUGAAAUGAAGCCAGCAUCAGGUGUUAAGCCAAUUCAUAAUAAUAUUAAUACUAAUAACAUUGAUUAUCAACAACAAGAACCUAGUAUGCGUCCUCUUUCCGAUGGGGGUUCACUUAAUCACAUGCAAGAUGAUGACAAUAAUACACAUGCAACAAUGAUGAACAUCAACGACAUCCCAUCUAAUGCAACAUCCACAUCAGCAUUAAUACCAUCCAUUACAUUUACACAUGAUAGUGGUAAUAAUAACGAUACAUCAUCAAUGUCUAAUGCGAGUAGUGUAAAUCAUCAAAAUACCACAUCUAAUUCAUCAAACAAUAAUAACAUGUUUGUAACACAUGCAUCAACAUCAGAUGAGCAUCAUUAUUCCACCCCAUUGUUGCAACCUCAAACAACACAACCCCAACUACCUUCUUCAAUAAUACAUACUCCAUCCAAAUCGAGUUCAACCUCUUCGUCAUCUUAUCCAUCAAUGAAUCCUACAAUGAAUCCUGCUAAGGUAUCAACAACUCCAAACACUAGAGUAUUUACCCAUGAACAUCAAUAUGUCAGACAUUCACCUUCAACUCCACCAAAUGAACGCCCACAAAGCUCUAACAUGUAUGAAGAACAUGAUGAAUCUAUUAUAAAUCAUUAUCAACAAAAGACACAAACACCACAGGAAGUUCACAUUCAUCACCACCAUUAUCACAUUUAUCAACAACCUUAUAAUGAAUACAUUUAUCCUCCAUCCUCAAGCAGUAGGUAUUCACAUCAUCCACCACCUCCACCAAUAUCAUCCUCAAUGCCGUAUCACCAUGUUAUGGAUGGUACUCGAAGACCAUAUCCACCACCUCCACCAUCAUCACAUUCAUAUCAACACUCUAGAAGCAAUAGCUACCAUUACUAUCCUCCAAGCUCACCAACUUCUCCAAACAGAGAACGAAACGCACAACAUGCCUCCAAUCAAACUGUAGUGCAAGGUUCACAGCCACUAGAAAGGCCAAAAAACCAACCAAUUCCUAUAGCUUCGAAUAUGCAAAUAAGGAAGUCAUCCUUAUUAGAUCCCGGUCCACCAGAAACAACCAGACAAAAAUCUCCUUCUGAAACCUCUGAAACCUCUCACGAAGACUUUAAUAGAAGAUUAAUUUCAAAGUCUUAUUUAUAUCAUCCCUAUCAAAAACAAACAGGAAAUGUUAAUUAUUAUAGACCUAUCUCUCCAGAACCACAACCAGUGAAUGUUUAUUCUUCAAGACAUGAACCUCCUCCUCCUUCACCAUCCACAGCAACACCACAACUACCACAACAUCAUCAUCAUUAUUCCUCAUUUUCUGGUGGAAAUGGUGGAUAUCCAAGUGGGGAAGGAAAAUAUUAUCAUCCAGGUCCAACACAUCAAAGUGACCAUCAAUAUGAACCUCUUCCUCCUCCUCAUGUUUAUUCAUCAUCUUCUACACACCAACCUCCUCCUCAUUACUAUACUCCACGACAUUCUUCAAAUUCACCAAAUUGGGAAGAUAACUCAUUAAGGAAGGAAAAUAACAUUGGAAAUAAUACUAGUGCAAGACAAUAUCAUAAUACUCGUUAA